AUGGCGUCCAGCGACUCGGACUCCGACGGCGCGGCACCGGGCGGCGUCUGGCCUUCGAGCCUCACACAAGGGCAGAAGGAAGAUCUCUUCCGGUUCGGGCUGUUCGUGCCGCCGGCGGCGAAGAACCGCCGCCAGUUUUGGAAGGGCAAGCGGUUCAACGACGUUAUCGGCGCCUUCAAGCGCGCCGCCCGUGGGCUCCCCGUCGGCGACAUCACAGGCGAAGCCGGGCCCUCUGGCCUGCGCGGGCGCGGGCGCGCCCCGCCUCCUGGCCCCGCCCCACCAGCCCCGGCCGAGGCCGUGAUCCCGCCGGAGGUGGCGGCGCUCCGACAGGACGGCGACCCGGAGGACACGCCCGGACUGCUCGCGGCCCUAGCGCGGUCAGCGGAAGAAGCCGCCGCGGCGGCGGCGCGGGAGGCCGAGGAAGCCUCCGAGAUUGCGGCCGCAAUCCAAGCGACCGAGGCGAUGGCGGCGCCGCAGGCGGCGAUGGCGGAGGAGGAAGAGGAUUCGGACGACGUCCCGGUGGACUGGACGACGUCGCGAACCGGUCCAGCAGCGACGAUGACGGCGGCAACGGCCCGGCCGUGA